UCAAAACGGCGCAAAUGACACUCUCAACUAGGAAGUGUCUGUUCUCUGUUGCCUAACGACCAUUGACAGUGUAAACAUAGUACAUGUAAAAUGUCGCGCGAAAAGAGUGUUAAAGUGAAAGAAGUUAUUACUUCUCUCUGUAAGUUACUAUCUGCGUUAAGCGUCGAGUCGAUACCAACAGCUGAGGCAUUCAGGAGAGCAAAAUUCAACAGAAAAGAUGCGGCAGUGGACAUGUGGAGUUUGUUAAGUAGGCUUCUGCAGAGAGCUGUUGCUCUGGAUUGUGCGUGCGGCAACUCUAAAGACCAAGACUUUGAUGUGCAGCUGCUGUUUGUGAGGAGUGCUCUGUGUCACUGUGGCUAUGGGGCCACUUGGGUAGUGGGCCCCCGGCCCCCCAGUCACAUAGAAGAGGUGGGGAGCCGAGAUCUGCUCCUGGCAUUCAGCUGGGUGCUGUCAUCAGGGAAUCUACUGGACUUCCUGCUUGCUGAGAAGGUUCAUCAAUUAGAAACUCUCUCAUCUGCACCAACGUAUAAGAUCACCCAGGGUCUAACACCAGGACAGCUUGACGUAGCGGCGCAUGGAACAGGAGCGGAUACCACAGUGAAGAAGGACCAGGUACUACAGGAACUGCAGUGGCAAUAUGGGAAACUGAGGCUCCAGUGGAAGAGCUUACUCUCAGCCCAGGAAGAGAGGUCCAAAUUCACCCAUAGGGUUAUCUCCAAUAUCAGCCCCUCUGCUGUCUGUCAGCCUCAUGCCACUGGGUCCCAUCACAGCAACACGACGUCAACUGCUCUUGAUGAGGAGCUGGAGCGGAUACAAGCAUUGAAUGGAAUUCUGGAGGCGUAUCUGGAUUGGAAACUGCACGAACCUUUAUUCUGGUGCUGGAUGGACAGCGUGAUCGACAGCUCCCUCGCCGAUGCGUCUGAGGAGGAGCCCUUCGAUUGGCCACCAGGGGAGCGGGCUGUCACGGUGAGGUCUCCCCACGGCGACGAGACCAGGAGAGCAGUCAGACAACUUGACAAGAUGUUGCUAAGGCUGCAGACAGAACUGAGAGCCAGAAGAAUAGAGCAAUCCACUCUCACACUCACCUCACAGGGGGGACGUCAAGGGGCUUCUCGGGUCUCUGAAAGUCAGAGAAUGGAGGUGGAGAAGAAGGUUUCAGGCUAUUUAGAGGGUCUACGUCUUACUAACACCUCCGCAAUCACAUCAAGAGGCUUUUUGCCAUGUCUGCAGGAUCCACAGCCCACAAAGCCACCUCACAGGUUCCACAUCGGAGAACCUGGCCUGGCAGUGACAGCUGGGAAGCUCCAGGCAUCGACGGCUCUGGAUGAGCUGAGGGAGAGGGAGGCUGUACUGCAGUGGCAGCUGGAACAAUUGAGGGAAAAUAUGAGAGUGGAAAUACAGAGACAGGCCAGCACAAUGGAAGGGAUGGUUCUCAUCCCACCACUUAAGAGAUAAACACACUUUUUGUGUCACUGUAUGCACUGGGAUUCUGACAUAAAGCUGGACAUGCUGCAUUUUGAGUCCCUGAAUGAGGUGAACAUAUUAGUUUUUCACUUUUUCAGUUGAAUUAAAACUCUUAACGUCUGGACAUACUGAAUUAGAGAAUGUUUUGUUAUCAGUUUUUAUGUAUUUAAAAAGACUGCCGCAAUGUGAAUACAUGGGGGGGACAAAAAAAAAGAAGAAACUUCAAGGGCAUUUCAUCUAUACUUCAAUACUUGCACUGAAAAAUAUUAUUUUGACUAUUGAAAUGCAUCAAGCCACACUCUGAAAAACAACUCUAAUGACUCAGACUCAAGCAAAUAGCUGACCUCUGUACUUCCAUGUACUUUGCGGUUUGCUAGAGAAAAUGGAAGACAUUUGAAAUCAUUUUUUUUAAUGCAUGCCACUUCUAGAGAGCAGAACAGCCUGCAGUUUCCAAAGUAGGUCAUUCUUUCUGUUGCUUUCCGAAACCUGUGAAUGUUAGGAUCGAAGCUUGGGAAAAAAAUCAAACCCCAGUAAUGAUUAUCAGCUCCCUGCAGAGAUCUGAACCCAGUUUUACUGAACGAUUCGUAACAUGAGAGGAUUUCGCCUUUCAAGGCCAAGUCAGUGGCUACCAGCCAAUUGGUGUGGUCUCAAUUACAUUUGGAAAGCUGUAAACAAACUAGGUGUGCAAGAUAACAUGAGCUGUUGGGCAAACUAAAGAAGCUGGCACAGGCUGCUGUAUUAGCUGAUUAAGAAAGUCAUUUCCAACACCGAUUUUCAUUAGGAUUAUAAGCAGAAAUCCUAAUCUAGACGCUGUACAGAGCAUGACGAGUUCUAAAAGGAUUUUCUCUCCAUUACCUUCGGCCUUCUUAUCUAGGCCGGAAUUACUGUUUACAACUGAGGGAACGCAAACACACAGACUCGGCGGGUCCAUUUCCCUGAUGUUUGAUGUGUGCUCUAAAUGAACUAAGACUCAUGUAGCUGGAAUUCAAGGUUAUAAUUAUGCAAUUAUCAAGAGGGUCAUCCAGUGUCAAGCCAAGAACUGGUGUGGGUGGGUUCCCCGCUACCUGGAGCUCUCUGAUGAAUAUUUCAAUAAUUAGAUGCUGCAGAUGUGUGAAAUGGGUCUAAGUGACGCAUUUUCUCUUUGGCAUCAAUAUUAAUAGGUUGCAGUUUUCACACUUCAUGUGUAAGGUGGUGCUGCAUGGCAGAAUUGUCGCAGAAUUGUCUCUGCAAAUAGAGUUUCAAAGCUGAACCUGCUUUUUUUUUUUUUUGCAUGCUGAUCGCACAAUGAAAAUGUAGUUUCACCUAUUUAUCAACUCUGUAUUUUACAGUAUGGUCUUUUAA